AUGGAGCAAGAAGACUCAGCCCUACCCUCCAGAGACAUUGAUACCUCUUCCCCUGAAGAUUCACCUGUGGAUUCCAGCUGCUCUGAGAAGGAGGAGGAUGCAGAUAAGGAGAAUGGACAGGAUCAUGAGGAUCCCUGGGCAGUCAGCCUGAGAGGUGCCCAUGACCCUUCUCAGCCUGGUGGGUCAAUUUUCACCCCUGAGAGUGAAGAACUCAUCUAUGGCCGAUGGGAAGACAACAUUAUUUGGGAUGCACAAGCCAUGCCCAAACCACUGUAUCCUACAGUCUUAACCAUGGAUGCAGAUGAUGAGAUGCUCCUGCUGGUUGAUAUCAAAGAGCCUAUGGAAAUAGAGAGUCCAGUCCCUGAACCACUGACCCAGAAGGAGUCUUCUAAGAAGAGACAAAUCAUGCUAAAAUGUGGCAUUGUGGGAGUGGAUGAGGAUGAGCAGACUCCAGUCAAGUUGAAAGCCAAGGACCCCUGGAACCUGUCCAAUGAUGAAUUUUAUUUCCCCCAGCAGCAUGGCCUCCAGGUUUCCUUCAGAGUGCCUAUAAUCCAGCAUUCAAUACCAGCACUGAUGCUACACUCCAGCCUCUUUCCUACCCACCUGGGAGUUGAGCAACUCCGCUUGUUUCACCGACCCCAAGUAAGGUGGCUGGGCAGAGGGCCCCACCCUGUCCACAGCUUGACUGAUCACAUCCAAAAGAAAGCCCAGAAACGGCAGCAGGAGCUGAAGGCUUCAGGGGGAGGUCACAUGUUUUUCAUGAAGACAAUCAAAGACCUGAGUGGGAAAGAUGGAGAUCUUAUUCUGGUCGAGUGGAGUGAGGAGAAUCCACCACUCUUGAACCAGGUUGGAAUGGCCUCCCAGAUCCAAAACUAUUACAAACGGAAAGUUGGGAAGGACACUGGGCCUCCUGCCCACAAAUAUGGGAAUGUUGUGUUCUGUUCAUCUUCACCCUUCCUGGGGAAACUCCAUGCUGGACAGUUCUUGCAGGCUUUGGAAAACAAACUUUUUCGGGCUCCCAUCUACCCACAUCAGAUGGCAGACACAGACUUCCUGGUCAUGAGGACCAAAGAAGGCUUCUUUCUGAGGGAAGUGAAGGAUAUAUUCACUGUUGGGCAGCAGUGCCCACUGCAUGAAGUUCCUGCCCCCAACUCAAAAAUGGCGAAGGAUUACAUGCAUGGUUUCCUCCAGGUAUUUAUAUACAGACAGUUCUUGAACAGUCCUCACAGGCCUCGGAGGAUUCGCAUGGAGGAUAUCCGCAGAGCCUUCCCCAGACUUGCUGAGAGCAGCAUUCGAAGGAGGCUUGCCAGGUGUUCAGAUUUCCAUCGGACAGGGAUGUGUUUUAAUUGGUGGGUGCUGAAGACUGGAUUCCGCCUGCCAAGUGAAGAGGAGCUGAGGGUCAUGAUGACCCCAGAGAAAUGUUGUGCUUUAUAUAGCAUGCUGGCUGCCCAGCAGCGUCUCAAGGAUGCUGGCUAUGGGGAGACAUCUCUCUUGGAUGCAGAGGAGACCAGCAAUGAGGACAUGUGUCUAGAAGAUGAGGUCCAGGCUGCCCCAUGGAACACAACUCGGGCCUUCCUAGCAGCCAGUAAGGGGCAGUGUCUGCUGGAGGUGAGAGGAGCAGCUGACCCCACAGGCUGUGGGGAGGGCAUUUCCUAUGUCAAACUCAAGAACAAAACCCGCAUGGAAAGUGGGAGGCUUAUGGGUACUGACUCGGACCUUCGACGUCUCACCAUGAAGAAAGCCCAGAAGUUACUAAGGAAAUUUGGGAUCUCAGACGAGGAGAUCAAGAAGCUGUCUCGCUGGGAGGUGAUUGCAGCUGUCCGAGCCCUGUCUACCAAGGAACUACAUUCAGGGGCCAAGCCCAGAGACCUUACCAAAUUUGCACGAGUGUCCCAGUCCUCAGCAGCAGAGCAGCAGAGACACUUCCAACAAGAAGUCCAAAAUAUUUUUGACCUCCAGAACAGGGUCCUAGCUUCUACUGAUGUGCUCUCCACAGAUACAGAUAGUAGCACUUCAGGUGAAGAAAAUGAUGACAUGAUAGACAAAAUGUGCCAUGAAGUUGAGAACCUCCUGGAGGGUAAGACCAAUCCUCAGAAGUUACAGAGAGAGAAGGAAAAACAAGAGUAUCAGGAGCUGCAGCAAAUGAUUCUUGGAGGAGUUGGGGGUGCUUGUCUCCAAGAAGAAGGCAAGACAAAGAAGCAGGAUGGAGGCUCAAGCACCUCACCUCCUGGACAUCUGCUUAUCCAUCGAACAUAUGUUGAUGAGAAUGGCAAGGAAUAUGUGCGGACUGAGAUAGUCCAGGACCCAGCAGUAAUCAAAGCGUACCUCCAUGUGAGAACCACCAAAGAUGAGAAUGCCAUCCGGCAGUUCCUUCAGAUAGAUGAGCAGAAGAAGCAGGAAUUGCGGAGGGAGAAGAAAAGACUUCAAGACAGGCUUCGCCGAAUGCGCAUAGCAAAGGAAAAGAAAGACCUUAAGAGACACCUUUCCCCAAAGAAACUUCCCAAGCCAGGAGUCCCUAAAUUGAAUCUCAUGUGUGGUUCCUGUGGAUCCUAUGGACACAUUAAGACAAACAAGACAUGUCCAAUGUACUGUCUGCCCAAGGACCUGCCCCCCAGGCUCAAGUUCAUGACCCAGGAGCAAGAGGAGAAGGAGCUGGCCAGACGACUUCCUCAGGAAUCACUUAUCAAAGUCCAAGACACCAAAAUUUUCAUGAAGAGAAAGCUAGUGGAAACCACGAAUGAGGUCAAAAGGGAGAUGCUGAAGGUGACAGUUGAUAAAUGGCACUUGCCCCAGAAGAGCCAGUCCAACCCUGCCCGAAAGAGACAAACUGUGCAUGUGGACCCUUCUGAAGGUUUAAACUGUAUCCGGGUAAGACUGAUCAUCGAAUGGGUGGCUGGAGAACUGGGAGGAUCCUUUGAACAUAAGCCAGCUGUGUGUGGAAUGCCUUGA